AUGGCUUCACUACUUGCUUGCUUUAAGUGUCGCUUAGAAAUCCGUGUCAAGCAGCAAAAAGUGGAAUCUAUUGAUGUGACUAACCAUAUUAAUGAUUUACAGGUGAGUGGGACUGAGGCAACUCCUGUUGCUGCUAAUAAUUUUAAUUUACAGGAAUACAUAGAUGAUCUUUCAUCGCGGAACAAAAUAUCGACAAAUGUACAGCAAAGGACCGAAAUCUGUAACCUAGAGAUGCACGUCGCGGUUAAAGAAGAUAGGCUGUCUUGCAAAGGUUCUGUUCCCGCGGAUAGUCUCCCGAAUCUUCUGAACUGCGUACGUCAAGUCAACCGAUGCCGGGAAAGCGCCAGACCACCAGCUCCAGCAAAGGAUAAUCCUUUCUUUACUAUUGAUUUGUCAGGCUUUCCGCCAAAUUUUUACUUGGGUGCCGUAGAAGUAGAACUUGUAGGGGUUUUAUGUAGACAUUUACUUUUUGCUACUCCACUUCAACUUAGACAUCUUGCAAAUAUUAAGCUUUGGAUGGGGGAUGGGACUUUUGAUAUUAUAGCUCUUCCUUUUAAACAAUUAUGGUCAAUUCAUGGUACUAUUUUGGGGGAGGGUGGGGAAAACAAGUCAGUCCCUCUUUUACAUGUUGCCAUGACUAGAAGAAAGGAGGCUGACUAUGUGGCAGUUUUGGAAUUUAUAAAAUCAAAAUUACAUGCACCUGCUAUUAAACAAUUUACUUCAGAUUACGAGAAGGCGCUUUGGAAGGCUGUUGCACGAGUCUUUCCGGAGGUGCAACAUUGGGGCUGUUCUUUCCAUCAAAUCCAAGCGGAAAUGAGAAGAUUGAAAGACAAAGAGAAUUUGUCGGUCGCGUACCAGACGGAUCCCGAAAUUCGACGCGUCGUUCAACUUACUCUUUGUCUUUGCUACUUACACCAUUCUGAAAUCCGGCAAAAAAAAAUUGGAUUGGAGAAAACACCUACUGGCAAACCACGAAAUGGUCUGUCUACAACCGAACGAAGAGGACAAACAACGAGGCGGAGGGAACAGGAGAAGCUUUUGCUUGCCGAAGACUUAGUCAGUUAUGGUAAUUCGAAUAAAAAUCAGUGUGCCGCUCAGAAAUUGAAAGAUGAGAGAUUGAGUGCAGAGUGGGGAGAAUACGAGAAAUGGAGGGUUCAUAACAUGCAUAAAAUUACUCCAUUUCAACUUUUAGAACGAAUUGUAGAUAUAGUACGGUGCAAUUUAAACAACUUUCCGGCCAACAUUGCAUUCAUUGAUUCCGAAGAAGAUGAUUAA